AUGAAGGUGUCAUCACUCAUCCUCGCUGCCGCCUCCUUGGUGGCUGCCGCCUCCAGCGCCACCAUGAAGCGUGCUGGCGAAGAGAAGAAGGUCAUGCAUCGACCUGCAAACUUUGAGAACUGGCGCACAUUCAAGGCCAACGGCGUCAACCUGGGUGGAUGGCUGGUGCAGGAGAAGGGCAUGGAGCCGUCGUUCUUCAACGACAAUGGGGCCAGCGCCGCCAACGACGAGAACGCCUUCUGCAAGAUCCUGGGCGCCGAGAGGUGUGGCGAGCUGCUAGAGACCCGCUACAAGAACUUCUUCAAGAAGCGCGAUAUCGACCGCUUCGCUGCGUACGGCGUCAACCUGCUCCGGGUCCCCGUCGGUUACUGGGCCUUUAUGGACGCCGCUGAUGGCUACUACUACCACCACGGCGAACAGACAAAGUAUCUCUCCAAGCUUGCGCAGUACGCCCAGGAGCAAUACGGCAUGCACGUCAUCCUGGACUUCCACGGCUUGCCGGGUGGCCACAAUGGCCUUGACAACCAGGGCUCGACCGGCGACAUCGCUUGGUGGUACAACACAACCUACUUCGACCAGACUCUUGACCUGGUCAAGCUCUCCACCGAGUACGUCCUUGCCCAGCCUCACCCUGAACAAUGGACUCUGUCCCUGAUCAACGAGCCUCUGUCCAAGGGCCCCAUAUUCUUUGGCCAGACGAACGAGGGUGUGGCGUACCUCAACAAGUUCUACCGCGCAUCGCUCGACAUCGUCCGCGAGAUGGACCCCGAGAUGGUGGUUCCCGUCAUGCUCUCCGAUGGCUUCGCCGGCCCGCUCAUGUGGGAGGAGUGGUGGGGGACUAACACGGAGAACAUCGUCUUCGACACGCACAUCUACUACUUUAUCGGCGGCUCCUACGGGUUUGCUGCGCAGUACGACUCGUGCUACUCGGCCAAGGUCUGGGAGAGCCACAAGCAGCCCGUCUUCAUCGGCGAGUGGAGCAUUCAGGCCACCAUGGGCAACUCGGCCGAUUUCGACCAGCGCAGCCUGUUCUACUACAGCCAGUGGGACGCCUACAACACCUACAUGAGCGGCGGCGCCUUCUGGAACGGCAAGCACAUGGGUACCAAUGUCAUCGGCGAUGACAGCACCGACCAGAGCUACUACUGGAGCUUCCAGAAGCUCGCCUCUCAGGGUGUCAUCAAGAAGCUCGGCGAGACUUACACCGCGUACACCUGCGAGUCGUCGUAG